CAUACGCACUACCUAAACUGUAUGUGAAGCAGAACUACUGCAUCUCAUGCGCUAUCCACUCCCGUUACCGUCGCGUCCGUUCGCGUGAGGACCGUCGCAACCGUGACCCCCCUCCCCGUUUCCGUGGUGGUGCCGCUCGUGGUGGCCCCCAGGCUGGCGGUGCUGCUCAGCAGAAGAAGUAG